AUGGUCAAGGAUACCAAACUUUACGACAUUCUCGGUGUUUCACCAGACGCUACAGAUAGUCAAAUCAAAAAGGCAUACCGUGUUAAUGCUCUUAAAUACCACCCUGAUAAAAAUCAACACUCACCUGAAGCUGCUGAUAAGUUCAAGGAGGUAUCCAGUGCCUACGAAGUUCUUUCAGACGAGCAAAAGAGACAAGUUUACGAUACUUAUGGUAUGGAGGGACUGAGUGGUCAAGGUGGUCCUGAUAUGGGCAAUGCCGAAGACCUGUUCUCACACUUCUUUGGUGGAAUGGGAGGUAUGGGCGGCAUGGGAGGCAUGUUUGGAGGCGGUGCUCCAUCUGGUCCUCGUAAAUCUAAGGAUAUCAUGCACGCUAUCAGAGCUACCUUGGAAGACCUCUACAAGGGAAAGGUAUCCAAGUUGGCUCUUAAGAAGACUGUCAUCUGUAAGACCUGUGACGGUAAGGGUGGUAAAGAAGGUGCUGUCAAGACAUGUCCUGGUUGUAAGGGUCAAGGUAUGAAGUUCGUUACCAGACAAAUGGGUAACGUUAUCCAAAGAUUCCAAACUGUCUGUCCCGACUGUAACGGAGAGGGUCAAAUCAUCGAUCCUAAGGACAGAUGUAAGACCUGUUUGGGUAAGAAGACCACUGAGGAGAAGAAGAUUCUUCAAGUACACAUUGACAAGGGUAUGGCCAAUGGUCAGAAGAUUGUAUUCCAAGGUGAGGGUGAUCAAGGCCCUGGCAUUAUUCCUGGAGACGUUAUCUUUGUUGUUAAUGAACAACCUCAUGAGAAAUUCGAGCGUCGUGGCGAUGACCUGCUCUAUAAGGUCAAGAUUGAUCUGUUGACUGCUCUUGCUGGUGGUAGUUUUGGAAUCAAGCACUUGGACGGUGAGUGGCUCAAGGUUGAAAUCAUCCCCGGUGAGGUCAUUGCUCCCGGUUCAUUCAAACUUAUUGAAGGCAAGGGUAUGCCUUCGUACAGACACCACAACUUCGGUAACAUGAUCGUUGAAUUUGAGGUUGAGUUCCCCAAGGAUAACUUCGCUACCCCAGAACAAUUGGCUGCCCUCGAAACUGUCCUACCACCCCGAGCCAAGCUCGAAAUUCCUGCCGACGUCCACGCCGAGGAGGUCAUUCUGGCCGACCUCGACCCCUCAAAGUACCAAUCUGGCGGCGCCAUGGAGGAAGACGACGACGACAUGCACGCUGGCGGCGAGAGAGUCCAAUGUGCCAGUCAGUAA